CUCCUAUGUAUGCAAUCCAGCCGUCGCCUCCCGUCCUUCCUCAAUUACGCAUCCUCUAUCCAUCUAUAUAGGCCGGCCUGUGCAUGAACAUGACUUGCUCUCUUUUUACUCCUUUUUUCGUCAUCUCUUCCACUCAACUAUUGUUGGUUGGCACCGCCGUUUACUGGAGACUUAACUUGAUGAUAUUUACAUGCAUGCUUGCUUGCAUUUUACAUACAAUUUUCAAGCUUUGUUUUUUUUUUCCCCUUUCUACCUACUGUUGUGACGUGUCUGUGGGUUUCCGGGCUUUGUAUGUGUGUGCAUCACCCAUGGCUGCUAGCAUUUGGGUCACGAUUGCCUUUUUGUUUUUGUCUGUUUGUAUCAUCGUGUGUGAUCGGGUUGAACGAAUUCAUUUGACUGAGGGUCUGUUUACACUUUACACUGGUUUAGGUAGUUCAUGGGUAGGUUUGUAUAUUUCGGGUUUUCAUGGUAGUUGGGUUUGGGCAUCCGCGGUUACUACUUGAUUAACCUGAUGCUCUCCGGGACGAGCUAGUGAGGGGUUCUUGAGAUGCAAGGAGGGGAGUAGAUAUUAGCGAUAGGCAGGGUCAAGGCCGAUCCUCUUGUGAUAACAUUUUCCAUUAUUCUGUUUGAAUUGAGAUCUCUAAUAAAUCGCCCGAAAGGGUAUGGUAUGGUGUCCAUCUUCUUAUGAACUAUACAAAAAGCCUGAA